AUGAAGCCUCCUCCUCUUCUGACCGUCCUUUGCCUCCUGGUGGCCCUGGCUGGUGGGAACCUGGUCCAGUUUGGGGUGAUGAUUGAGAAGGUGACAGGGAAGUCGGCGUUGCAGUACAACGACUACGGCUGCUACUGCGGCAUCGGCGGCUCCCACCAGCCGGUGGACGAGACAGACUGGUGCUGCCAUGCCCAUGACUGCUGCUACGGGCGUCUGGAGAAGCAGGGCUGUGAACCCAAACUGGAAAGGUACCUUUUCUCUGCCAGCAGGCACAACAUUGUCUGUGGCGGCAGAACUGCCUGCCAGCGGCAGACCUGCGAGUGUGACAAGACAGCUGCACUCUGCUUUCGCAAACACCUGGGCACCUACAACCGCAAAUACGCCCAUUACCCCAACAAGCUGUGCACAGGACCCACCCCGCCCUGCUAA